AUGCCGAAAUUUAUAGGAAGAAUUAGUGAUAGAGGAAACUGGGACGAAAAUAAAAUGAAAGAAGCUGUUAAAAAUGUGAUGGAAGGCAAGUUAUCUGUAAGACAAGCGGCAGACAGGUAUGAUGUACCUAUACCAAGAAUAUCACUUUAUGAUCGCCUGAAAGUUUUGAAAAAAGGCAAAGAGGUUGCUUUUUACCCGAAGUUGGGGCGAUUUGAAUCCACAUUUUCUGAAAAAAAAUUUAUGCUACUAUACGAGCACGUUAAAGAACUGGACAAUCGUCUUAUGCCAUUGGAAUCAAAUCCUGUCCUCUUAAUUUUGGAUGGCCACGCUAGUCAUAACCAGCUGGCAGUUAUAAAAUAUGCACGUAAUCAUCACAUUCAUAUGCUGAGCACAGCACCUCAUACAACUCAUAAAUUGCAGCCGUUGGACAGGAAAUUUUUUAAACGUUUUAAGUCUGCAUUUGCAACUGCAAGUUCAGCAUGGAUGAGGCGAAAUCCUGCAGAUAGAAUCACUGACUAUGAUAUUGCUGCACUUGUGGACGAAGCCUUUAGCAGAUCAGCAAGAUGUCAUGCAAGAAGUUUCUUCCAAGAAAAUAUGUUCAAUCGGUUCUCAGCAGCACAUUUUUUAUCGCCAGUACCAUCCACUAGUCAUAUAUUAUCUGCAAAUGAACCGGAGCCUUCAACCAGCUCAAUAGAUUUAUCGAAACAGCUGUCACCAUUUCCUGAUGCAUCAAAAAAACGGUCGUUAACGCGGGCUCGAAAAACUCAAAGGAGCGAGAUCAUAACAUCAUCACUUUACAAAAAAGAUGUAGAGAAAAGACAGAAAAGUAGAGACAAUAAUAAAGUUAAAGCGAAACAACAAAAAAGUAAAGGCACUAAAAAGAUAUUGAAAACAACAAAAAAUAUUCAAAGUCUUUCCAAAGGAAAUCGAGAAGAAGAGACUGAAUGCAUCAUAUGUGGAGAAACAUUUGAAGAGGCCUGGAUUCAGUACCAGGAAUUCAAAACUGGGCUCAUGAAGACUGUGUCUACAUAG